CCUCUCCAAUCAUGUGAUUCAGGUGUUCCAAUCCCCUCCCAAUCAUGUGAUUCAGGUGUUCCAAUCCCCUCCCAAUCAUGUGAUUCCGGUGUUCCAAUCCCCUCCCAAUCAUGUGAUUCAGGUGUUCCAAUCCUCUCCCAGUCAUGUGAUUCAGGUGCUCCAAUCCCCUCCCAAUCAUGUGAUUCAGGUGUUCCAAUCCUCUCCCAGUCAUGUGAUUCAGGUGUUCCAAUCCCCCUCCCAUCAUGUAGAUUCAGGUGCUCCAAUCCCCUCCCAAUCAUAGUCAAUAGCUAAAGACCUCCAAACUUGGUGUGGCCCUCAGAUGAGCCCAACAACAGUGCGUAGAGAGCUUCAUGGAAUGGGUUUCCAUGGC